AUUUGUUUUUAUUUCCAUUACAUUUUUAUUUUGUAUGAUAAUUUACAUUGAGUAGAAAAGUCUCUACUUGACAGUUAGUUUUGGUUAGUAUGGUCUAGAACUCGCUGUAAAGCAAGUCGCAAUUAAUCGAGUCUAAAUAACUGAGGUGUUUAAUUAAUUUCAAAAAGGAUGUUUAUCAAAAACUUUAAACUAUUUGUCAUUUGUGUACUAUGCCUUCAUAUAUAUGUGCAAGCACGUUCGGUAUCAGUCUCUCAGAUGGGUGAUGUUUAUAUUGCUAUAACGGAUGACAAAUGGGUAUGUGAUAGAAUCGAAUGUCCCAUGGAUGCUUUUAGAUGUUUUGUUUCAAAAUCAAAUGAAGAGAAUCCCUCUGUUUUAAAACGUGUCAAUACUUGCUAUACCAAGGACAAUCAGGUACUGGUUCAAAAAGAAGAAGAAACACCCAUUGAUCCUAGAUCCCAAAUUCGAGGACAAGUUACCCUUUUAUGUAAUGGUGAUGCAAUAUCUGCUCCUAAUGGCUUAGAAAAUUACGAUGACGAAAAAUAUAAGGCUCAAGUUAAGGCUGAAAUGGAUAAGAUGCAAGCCGACAUGGAUGCCCAAAUGAAAGAUUUACAUGCUAAUCUACAAAAAAUGAAUGAGGACAUUAAUAGAAAUAUUCAAAAUCAAAUGCGAGAAUUGGAUCAUAAUCUAAGUCAAAUGCAAUAUAAUUUGGCUCACAUGUUUGAUUAAUCAAAUGUCAUUAUUUUCACAUUAAUUAUUUAGCAAAAUUAUAACAUUUUUUUAUAUAAACACGGAUGGUUUGUGUGUUAGUGUUUUGAUAAAAAAAUAUGUCUGCUUUAUUGUUGAAAAUCUAUUUAAAUUUUGUUGUAAUCCUAUAAAA